AAAACUCAGGAGUCCUGUCUCCUCCCCCCCCCCCCCCCACAACCCCUGUUCCCAGAGCUGGGAAUAGAACCCAGGAGACCUGAUUCUCUGGCCUCCUCCCAACCCAUUGGAUCCCACUCUAUUCCCAAACCUGAAAAAAGAACCUAGGAAGCCUGACUCCCAGCCCCCUUUAGACCACACUCUGCUCCCAAAGCUGGGAAUAGAACCCAGGAGUCCUGACCCUGUUACUCUAACUACUAGUCCCCAGUCCCCUCCCAAAGCCAGGAAUAGAAUCCAGGAGUCUUGAUUCUGCGUGUUAAAUGUGUUUUACCUGUAAAUUUCCCACCCCUCAUGUGUCUGAGAAAGUUCGGAUGGGGAAGGUGUGGGUCAAUGGAGAGAAAUCUCCCUGGUUUUUCAGUGUCCUGGUGUGUGGCUGCAACCUGGCUUUAUGGCUUUCUUGGGGGCUGAAAUUGUGGGUGAAUUCUGAUCAGAGAGUUAGGGAAUGUGGGUCUGAUCGUACAAUGUCUCCACACAGCCUGUGGGACUCAUUGCCACAAGGUCUCAUUGAAGCCAAAUUAGAGGGAUUCAGACUAGAAUUGGAUGUUGAUCUGAAUAACAAGAACAUCCAGAGCAAAGAGUAAAAUGUCCCCUAGUUUUUGGGAAGAGGCUGAAAUCCUCAUGCUUCAGGGCAAGAGCUCACUCCUGACUAAUGAGGGGUCAGGAGGCAUCUGCCCCUGUGAUCCACUUAUGUCAUUACUGAAGGGCUCCUUCACCUGCCUUUCAAGCAGCUGGGACUGGCUGCUCUGGGAGAUAGGAUACCAGGCUAAAUGGGCCCCCGGGCAUGGUACUUCCUAGGUUCCUCUUCUGGAGGGGAUGUGGUCCCCUUGCCCUGAUGGCUGGGGAAGGAGCUCCAGGAGUUCCCUUCCCUGCUCACAGUUGGAAAGCACUUUGCAAGCAGCAAGGAAACAAAGCGCACAGCUGCCAACUUGGGUGGGAACAACUGAGGCACAAAGAGGGCAAAAGAACUCCCUCCCGGUGUCAAGAGGGGAGUCAAAGGGAGAGCUGGGAAUAGAACCCAGGAGUCCUGGCUCACAGCCCACCCCCCAGAGCCAGGGAUAGAACCGAGGUCUUGACUGCGCCGUCCCCCCCGCCUUCUAAGGGACUAGACAGCAGCAUUCCCCGCCCGGAGCCCUGUACGGCUGGGAUUGGAUGGUGAUAUCACAUGAUGAUGACGAGCCGUUUGCCGGUGCAGGGAGGAAGCCGCCUCUGGCGCAGUGCAUUGUGGGGGAAUUGCAAGCUUGGGGGCGGGUUGGAGCCAGUUGGGCAUUGUGGGACCCAGGGACGACUCCUUGGUUGGGGGGAGGGGCGAUUGGGCUCUUUCCUCAGAGCGGAGAGGCGAGUGGGGGGUCUGGGGGUCAGGACUCCUGGGUUUUAUCCCUGGCGUUGGGCAGGUGUGUGGGGGGAGGAUAUAAUUUUGGGGGGCGGCUGGGAUUGGUCCAGUUCUCCCAUAGGGACAGCCCUGACCCCCAGGUCUCCUCCUAGGCCCCCCACCAGAGGUGUAGUUCAGAUCACCCACCUCCCAGGCCCCACAAGGAGGGGCCUUUACCUCAGACCUGCCCCUCCUCAGAGUCCGCACAGGGAGGGCCUGAUCCUCCUCAUCUCGCCCCACACGCUGUGGGGACCCCCAACAGCCCCCCUGCCCAGAUCCUCACACUCUCUGUCUCUGCUGCAGGUGCCUGCCCAAUGGGGGGUGCAGAUGAGUUCCCAGUGGGCACAUGCCCUGGGAUGUGCCCGCUGGGUGAGCUGGCACAGCGGGAGCGCCAGGGCCGCCUGCACCGGCUGGAGCUGCGGGAGGGGACGCGGCAGGGUGACCCUGCCCGUGUGGUGAAGGAGUAUUCCCGUCCAGCUGCAGGCAAGGAGUUGCCCCGGCCCCAGGAGCUGCGCCCUGCCCCAGUGCUGCUGGCCACUGUGCACUACCUGCUGGGCCAGGUGGCUCCGCGAGCCGACCUGCCCCCAGCUGAGGUCCAUGCUUUCAUCUCCGACCGGUUGCGUGCUGUGCACCAGGAUGCCACGCUGCAGCGGCUGCGAGGGGCUCCAUGCGUGGCCCUGCUGGAGCGAUCACUGGGCUACCUGCUCCAUGCCGGCUACCAGCUGUGCCGGGAACCCCCUGCCCGCUUCGACCCCCACCUCCACCGCACCCAGCUCCAGGAGUGCUUCAGCUGGCUGCGGCGCUGCUACCGGGACAGCUGUCACCACGGGGAGCCGGCCUUCCAGGCCCUUUUCCUCCUCUACAACCUGGGCUUUCCGGAAGCCCUGCGCCAGGUCCUGCAGCUCCCAGACCCUGUCCGGGCCUCCCCCGAACUCCGCACAGCGCUGGCUGUCAACUGGGCUUACCUGGAGCGCAACUGGGCACGGUUUUUCCGCCUGGUGCAGGCCCUGCCCUACCUGCCGAUUUGCGCCCUCCAUCGGCACCUGGGCCCUGCCCGGCGCCUGGCACUGCUCACCUUUAGCCACGGCUUCAGUACCAGGAACUGUCGCUGCCCUCUGGCCUGGCUCGCCCGGCUUCUGGCAGUGGACGGUCCUGAGGAGAUGGCGGAGCUUUGCCGCCAUCAUGGGCUCAUGGUGCUGGAUGGAGCCGUGGUCUUCCAGAAAGCAGCUUUCAGGGACCCAGACGUGCUGGUCCACAGCCCCUCACAGCUGCUAGUGGACAGUAAACGAGGGGAGGCCCCCCUGCUGGAGAUCAUCGAAGAUGCUUGUAGCUAAUGGUUUGAAGAGACCUUGGGGUGAGGAUGGGAGCCAGGACUCCUGCGUUCCUCUCCCUGGCUCUGGGAGGGGAGUGAAGUCUAGUUGGCUGGAUUGGGAGUCAGGACUUGUGGGUUUUAUUGCUGGCUCUGGGAAGGGCUGAGAGGGAGCCUCCUGCGUUCCUGUCCCUGGCUUCUGCUCCAUGCAGUGAAAGAGGAAUCAGGUUUAGAGUAAGAGACUGGGAGCCAGGACUCCUGGUUUCUCUUAGUGGCUCGGUCACUGAUUCUCUGUGUGUCAUCUCCGCCAAGCCACUCCCUUUGCCUCUUUUUCCCCCUGCAUAAAAGAGGGUAAAGGAAGUAACUUACCUGUGCCUAGUGCAACUGGAUGGCUCCGGGCAAUCUUUCUCUGUUGAUGGGCUUGGCUUCCUCCAUUUGACCCCUUGUGCUGCAUAAUUUGUCUUGCCCCUCCUCCCCGCCCCUCGUGGGUUUGCGAUUCAGGAAGCUGGCUUGGAUCUUGGGGUUUGUGAGAGUUGGUUUGGGUCUGAGCUUUGGUGUGAUGGUUUGGGGUCCCCGAUCCACAUGGCGGAGAGCUGUAUGGAAUGGCAGCCAGUGUCCCCUGCCCCAGGCGGGAGGUUGUGGGAGAUGUAGGACACAGCCCAGAGCGCCCCUGGAAUUUUGGGGUGUCUGAAGGGAGUAGAAGUCAGUUUUACAAUAAAUGUUGAUUUGUAA